UCACACAGAGAUGCCAUCACUGGUCCAACUGCCCAGAUCAUUGUGGGUAAGGGAGGGAAUGUCCAACGAUUCAAUAUUCAUAAGAAGCUCCUUUGCGACUCUUCAACAUACUUCAAGGCUGCUCUCAACAACGGAUUCGCCGAAACACGCGAUCAGAAAAUCACACUGGACGACGAAGACCCGGCGGUCUUUCGCACGUACGUUGCUUGGCUCUAUAAAGAGAGGCUAGACACGAGAACAAUGCCUUCUGGUGUUCAGAAGGAAGCUGUUCAGAGGCACAUGCUUGAGCUUUACGUUUUCGCAGAUAAACGUGGCAUCAUAACUUUACUGAACGACACUAUUACAAUGCUA